UGCGCUCAUACUGGGACGUCGUGCCUAAACAAUAAAGUACAUGCUGCAAGGCCAGCAUAGCUCGAAACACGUUGCCUCGUAGUGUAUUCUAAGCUAUAUAUAUCAUUAAUGUUGUUGUUACUUAUUCGAUGUUGACCCAAGGUCAGCUUUUACGAGUGCAAGUUGCUUUGAACCACGUUGAGACGACGUUAGCUCGGCAAUGCUAGUCAGUCUCUGGUAUGUUUUUCAGCAGCGUUAGCAAGGUGUAUGUAUAUGAGUUAGCAAAUAUUGUGUAUUUUAAUGCGACAGGUAACAGUCAAAAUUUCCGUAGGAAGACGUUUUUAGUAAAGAGUGUUAUGUUGCUCGAAUAAUUAUAAUUGCCUAGCAAAAGGCUGCAAAGAUUAACCGGUGUUCAUUUCCGUUAGCCACUUGACGCGAUUGUAAAUCUGACAUUAGCUUAGCUUUAACGCAAAGUCACGCAGCAGCAAACUGGACAAAACAUUGGAUCUAGUCGGCUUUAAGUCGGGCACAGCGGGUUCGCUGACCCCUCAGAAGAAAAUGAAAAAGAGGAAGGAGUUAAACGCCCUCAUAGGACUCGGAGACAGCAAGCGAAAAAAGCCGAAAAAGGGCUCCGGUCACCGGCUUCUACCAACCGAGCCCCCGGACUCUGAGUCAGACUCGACUUCGGAUGACGACGGUUUCAACAACAUGGACAGCGGAGCUGGCUUUGGGAAAAGAAGCUACAGCCAGUGCUGCACUGUAUGCUACCCCUUGUUUCUCUUCAUUAUACUUGUUGCAUGCGUAACGGCCUGCGCUGGGCUCAUAUGGAUGCAGAUUGCCUUGAAAGAAGAUUUUGACUCGAUGAAAGAAAGAUUGCACAGCAUGGAAUCAAGCCAGAAGGAGUCUUCCAGUGAACUACCAAAAUUAAGUGACGACUUGAAAUCUGAGGACAGAAAACUUGAUGACAUUGAGAGUGGGGAUAAGGGGCUGGGCAAACUCUGGUCUAACCUCACAGAAAUGAACAGAAAGAUAACUUUACUGGACACUGCAGUAAACCAUUUAAAGGCCAACUUGAAGUCAGCCUCCGAUUUAAUCAGCCUACCCACGACAGUUGAGGAACUGCAAAAGAGCGUGGCUACAAUUGGGAGCACAUUAACCAGUGUACAACACGACGUGAAGACUAUGCAAACUGCGAUUGAAAGCCAGAAGAAGUCGGACGAUGCGCUGAAGGCAACAAUGGACAUAAAAGACCUGAGGAAAUCAAUGACGGAGGCCAACCAGUCGGAGGUGCAGCAUCACACGUGGACCAACGAACAGAUCCACAUCCUCCUGUCAACCGUCGCAGAGCUGCAGCAGAGACUGGCCUCCUUGGAGAACAGCUCCAAGCAAACAUUGAAAGAUGCUGAAUCUCAUCCACUUGUCAGCAGCAGGCCUCAACUCUCCGAGAAGAUGAAUGAGGCUAAAACAACCAAAGCGUCACCAGACAAUUCCACGCUAACUCCAGGUCCGCAAACGAGCAGGCACCCACGCUUCGUCACACCAAGCCGCUCCAAGAGAAACACUGAUGUCAAAUGCCAAAACAGGCGAUUACUUUCUGAAAUUGCAUCACUUGAAGGUCUGGAAGAAAUUUAUGCCGACAUCAGUCCCGAUUCAGCGGGGUUGACCUACAAUGAGCUGUUGGAAAAACUCGGGCCGUCCACUCCGAAAGCUCGCACCUUGAGGUGCUUUGAUGCAGACGGAGAUGAGAGGUACUCCCUGAUGGAGCUGAGAGAUGCUUUAGGUGUGUGGGCAUAAAAAAAUCCCCCCCCCCCACAGCAGUGAACAGUAUUGAAAUGAAGCCCUGCAGGGUCUGGCGUAAGGGGCGAUGGCUCUCACUCCACACCCUUUCUGUACUUGCUGCACUUUUGUGUGAAUUGAACAUUGAUCAUGUUGAUUGUCAAAGGCUACUCUCCAGUCCAGCACAACCCGAGCCCCCCCCCCCAAAAAAAACUUGACCUACUAACUUUUCCACACCAUAAUUUACUGAGAUUUGGAGCACACAUUUAGUUUUUCAUCCAAUCAGACUUUUUUUGUUUUCAAUGCUACACCAACUCCCUCCUGGUACAAGAGUGAAAUGUAUUUUGGACUUUUAUGAAUGUUUACAAAUGACUACUAUUAGAAGCAGAUUUGUCUUGUUUUCAUAUGUUUAGCUUCAGUUUUUAGCCCGUUUGCUAUCUUUGCCGAAACAUUUGAGUGAUCCUAUCAGUGGGCCAUUUUGUAUGCUUUUCCAUUGUUAAAUUUUAUGUAGUUUUUUCCCCCCGUGCUUUCACUUUGUUUUUGACAUUAAACAAGAUUUGAAGGGCUAUGUAAACUUUGAAACACUUUAGAUGCAUAUGUAGCAAUAAGAGACAUAGCAUGACUAUUGCAGUAACAGGUAGUACAAGAAGCACUGAAAUCACUCUUUUAAUCAUUUAACUGAAUGUGUAAUGGUGUAUUUACACAAGUUAUACAAGUUUCUCAAUUUAUCUUAUUCAGGGUGUAGGAUGAAUUCAAUUUGCUUUACAACUCAGCACUGUAUGUUUUUAACUAAGUUGUGCAUUGCACGUUGCUUAUGAUAAUGUACAAAUUAUUUAUGAAGAAGCUAAAAUUGCCGACUACAAAGUAGUAGUGUGGGAAAAUUAGCUCUGAAUGCAACAUUGGGCCUUUGUGAAAGCUGUUGGUCUAUAUGCUGCUACAAUGAGAUUUUGUCUUUGUGCGUGACUUCCAAUGAAUAAAGAGUUAAAUAUUUCA